UGUCCCGUGCCUGGCAGGCACUCCAGCCAGGCCAAGACCAUGAGGCAGGUGCCGGCUGUGGCCCUGCUCCUGCUCCUGCUGCUGCUGCGGUUUGGGACUCAGGAGGCUGAGGCGUUAAUUGCCUGCGGGAGCCCGAGGAUGCUGAACCGGAUGGUGGGCGGGCAGGACGCCUUGGAGGGCGAGUGGCCAUGGCAGGUCAGCAUUCAGCGAAAUGGAAGCCACUUCUGCGGGGGCAGCCUCAUCACAGAGCGGUGGGUCCUCACCGCAGCGCACUGCUUCUCCAACACCUCUGAAACAUCCCUGUACCAGGUCCUGCUGGGGGUGCGGCAACUGGUGAAGCCAGGGCCGCACGCCAUGUACGCCCGGGUGAAGCGGGUCAAGAGCAACCCCCUGUACCAAGGCAUGGCCUCUAGUGCCGAUGUGGCUCUGGUGGAGCUGGAGGCACCUGUGACCUUCAACAAUUACAUCCUCCCUGUGUGUGUGCCUGACCCCUCAGUCGUCUUUGAGACGGGCAUGAACUGCUGGGUCGCCGGCUGGGGCAGCCCUAGUGAACAAGACCACCUGCCCAACCCCCGGAUCCUGCAGAAACUCGCUGUGCCCAUCAUUGACACGCCCAAGUGCAACCUGCUCUACAGCAAGGAUUCCGAGUCCAGCUUCCAGCCGAAAACCAUCAAGGAUGACAUGCUGUGUGCUGGCUUCGCCGAGGGCAAGAAGGACGCCUGCAAGGGAGACUCGGGGGGCCCCCUGGUAUGCCUUGUGGGUCAGUCAUGGCUGCAGGCUGGGGUGAUCAGCUGGGGUGAGGGCUGCGCCCGCCAGAACCGCCCAGGUGUCUAUAUCCGGGUCACCUCCCACCAUAACUGGAUCCAUCGGAUCAUCCCAGAACUGCAGUUCCAGCGGGCUAGCUCGGGUGGCCAGAAGCGGGACCCCCGGGGCCAGCAGCCCCUCAGUCGGAACUUUGCACCCUUCCUGGCAGCCCAUGCCAUCCUCCUGGUCCUCAUGGCCCUGCUCACCUUCCUCUGAGCUGCGCUCAGGCCAGUGGGCCAGUGGCGCCCCGGGGCCUAUGGUGUACAUUUGUAAAUAGCUCUCCAAUUCUCCCUACUCUCUAAUGCCCACUUAUUUCUAUUUAUGUUCACUCUCUAAUAAAACCCCAACCUCAGUGCCGGCUGCCUGGGUGUAGACCCACCGGGAAGGAGGGGGCUGGUGCUGGGCAGGGGGUGUGGCAGACGAGGCUCCCCAGUGGAAGAAGCUACAGCAGGCACACUGGAGGCUAGACAUCACCGAGUCCUGUGACACCUGUGGCCUGACCCCCUCACAGGGGCUUCCCUGCUCCCCCCCGCCUCAGCAUCCUUGCCAACGUGGUCGUCACCAUGAGUGUUGCCAAGGGGUGCCCUGUGCUGGGCACUGGGGGCAGCAACAGAUACCGGCGGGGGCCCGGCAGAGGGUCCUGAAGGAGGGGGGCUCUGCGGGGCGUGGGGGAGCACAGCCCCCACUGCCUAUGUCUGAAUCACCCUGAACUUCUCUUGGCUGUCACACAGAGGAGGCAAGGCCCAGGCCACUCGGGGCCGUGGAGGUCGGCAGGACAGGCCCCCCAACCGAGAUAGGCCAAGGCUUCAGCAGCUCCCUGGGCCAGGACCCCCUCCUUCUUCCUUCCGCAAAGUCUGGGGUUCAGGCCAUCCCUGCAGCAGUCUUUAAUGGUUUCUUCGAGGACCCCUGGGGAAUUCAGGAAUGAGCUGCAAUCCUGCACAGAGAGCCUGGUGCUUGGCCCUGCCCCCAGGGGCCCCACCCCAGCUCUGCUGCCCCCUC